CAAUUGAAGCUCUGAAGAAGGCACACAGGGAAGAAAUGAACAAGGAGUUGGGCAGAACACGCAACUUUCAGAAAGGGUUUUCAGAUCCAAAUGCUCUCCAGCAACAGCAUCGGUCUGAUGUGGAGUCUCUGAAGCGGGAGUUGCAAGUGCUUUCAGAACAGUAUUCCCAGAAGUGCCUGGAGAUUGGGGGCCUUGUGGACAAGGCAGAAGAACAGGAACAAAUGUUGCAGCGUUGUCAACAGGAGGGGAAAGAGCUGCUUCGGCAAAACCAGGAGUUGCAGAGGCGUCUUUCAGAAGAGAUUGGCCAGUUACGAGACUUUAUUGCUGCUCGGAGCUCAUGUGAUGGUGCUUCACACAAUGAGAAGAGUUCUUGUGAGCUAGAGGUGCUUCUUCGAGUGAAGGAGAAUGAACUCCAGUAUCAGAAACAAGAAGUCCAAUGUCUGAGGGAUGAACUCCAAAUGAUGCAGAAGGAUAAGAAGUUUGCCUCAGGAAAGUACCAUGAUAUCUACCUGGAGCUGAAUCACAUCAAGCAACGAUCAGAACGAGAGAUUGAACAUUUGAAAGAGCAUCUGCGCCUGGCCAUGGCAGCCCUACAAGAGAAAGAGAUGCUGCACAACAAUAUUGGUUAGUUACUUUUCUGUGCACCACUUUGGAGAAGAGAGCAGCGUUCCUUUCCCGGAGCACCGGGCGAGACUUUACCAAAUAACCAGCACAUGCA